CAUGUCAGAUAUGCAAGCCCAAAAAGCGUGCUGACUGACGCCUCUAUUGCUUGUAUCUUGGAGGUACAAUACUGAGUGUGAUGGGAAUUUGCACCAGUUCUGCCACCUUAUCAGUGAACAACGUGCAUAAGCAGUCUUAGAUCAAUGCGACGAGGCAAGAUAAGGUGACAAAGCACAUUACAUGGUUCUGUUCACUUGCGGCUGAAUAUUAGGUUCGAGCUCUCAGAGCUUGAUAAUUAUUCAGAUUUUAAGGAAUCCGCACUACAACAGGGAUAUGACUACCCCUCAAAGUUCCCCGCUGAAGAAAGCUUCUCAUUGGGGUUCCGUUAUGGGCAUAUCUGAGUUGUAUUUUUCUCAUCCAUCUCUGCGUUGUCCUCUCAUCGCAGACCGUUGCAAACUCUCGGUGACUCCGAUUUUCCAAGGACGCAACUCUCAAAGAUGAAAAGCGCAGAGGAAGCAACGGCUUACAGCGCUCUUGGAAAUAAUGAUGAUGAAAGUCUGCUUGAGGAAUCGGUCCCGCGGGCCAGACAAUUGUCGAUAUGGAGAAGAGCGUUCAGUGGAAGAGGGCUAUUUAUCUUGAAUCUGUUCAUGUUCUUUGGCUCAAUAAUUGCCUUAACCCUCGUCUUAAUCGAUGCAAGGCGAGGAUGCUCGGAUGAUGAGUCUCUGAAGAGAACUUCUUACUUUUCUCCGGUCUUUGAUCGCCUGCAAAUUACGCAAGAAGACCGCAUUAUCAGCGGUAAUCUCUUCAAUGAUCCUCCUACCAUUUAUCGAGAAACACCUUCCAAGGAAGUUGAUGCGGCUUGGGCAGCUAUGGCUAAGAUAGUGCCUUUUGUUAUCCGCAGCGAGGAUGUUGUCCGGCUUGGAAAGGAUCCAAAGCUCACUUCCAAGGUGCCUGAAGACUGGGGCCUUGGAUCUGAUGCCUAUUUCGCACAGCUCGACGGUCAGCACGCUCUGCAUUGCCUUAAUGCUGUGCGGAAAUACGUCUAUCGUGAGCACUACUAUUCAAGUUGGGAAUUCCCCGUGGCCAAGAUGCCUUUUAUACAUCAAAACCACCUUUCUCAUUGCCUCUACAUACUUCUGCAGACUCUCUCCUGUCAACCGAGCGUGGAUGUUAUUACGUACAACUGGAUGGAGACACAGAAAUCGCCAUUUCCUGAUUUUGCUAUUCAUAAGAAGUGUCGUAAUCAUGCCGCGAUACUGGAAUGGCAAAACGCACAAAACACGAGCUUCACACCGGAUAGAUUGGACGCAUUAGGAGCCCCUGAGGAUGCGAUUGUUUUGCCGGCGCUUCCCCAAUUGUUGGCACAUGAUGGGCCGUUGAGCCAAAGCGAAGGACACGACUAACAUGUGGAUAUAGUGAGCAGUAAAGGGCUGUUCAUUCAACUGUGAUGGUCAGAUUUUUUUUUGUUAAGAAUAGGGUUUUGGUCGGAAAAAGGGAAUAUCAAUGAUAAUAAUGCACAUGUGAUACAUAAUGAAUCGACCAAUUGUAUGAUUUGAGCUGGAA